AUGAGUAAUGGAAAGAGUGACAGGAUGAGUAAUGGAAAGAGUGACAGGAGGAGUAAUGGAAAGAGUGACAGGAGGAGUAAUGGAAAAAGUGACAGGAGGAGUAAUGGAAAGGGUGACAGGAGGAGUAAUGGAAAGGGUGACAGGAGGAGUAAUGGAAAGAGUGACAGGAGGAGUAAUGGAAAGAGUGACAGGAGGAGUAAUGGAAAGAGUGACGGGAGGAGUAAUGGAAAGAGUGGCAGGAGGAGUAAUGGAAAGAGUGACAGGAGGAGUAUUGGAAAGAGUGACAGGAGGAGUAAUGGAAAGAGGAGUAAUGGAAAGAGUGACAGGAGGAGUAUUGGAAAGAGUGACAGGAGGAGUAAUGGAAAGAGGAGUAAUGGAAAGAGUGACAGGAGGAGUAAUGGAAAGAGUGACAGGAGGAGUAAUGGAAAGAGGAGUAAUGGAAAGAGUGACAGGAGGAGUAAUGGAAAGAGGAGUAAUGGAAAGAGGAGUAAUGGAAAGAGUGACAGGAGGAGUAAUGGAAAGAGUGACAGGAGGAGUAAUGGAAAGAGGAGUAAUGGAAAGAGUGACAGGACGAGUAAUGGAAAGAGUGACAUGAUGAGUAAUGGAAAGAGUGACAGGAGGAGUAAUGAAAAGAGUGACAGGAGGAGUAAUGGAAAGAGGAGUAAUGGAAAGAGUGACAGGAGGAGUAAUGGAAAGAGGAGUAAUGGAAAGAGUGACAGGAGGAGUAAUGGAAAGAGUGACAGGAGGAGUAAUGGAAAGAGUGACGGGAGGAGUAAUGGAAAGAAGAGUAAUGGAAAGAGUGACAGGAGGAGUAAUGGAAAGAGGAGUAAUGGAAAGAGUGACAGGAGAAGUAAUGGAAAGAGUGACAGGAGGAGUAAUGGAAAGAGUGACAGGAGGAGUAAUGGAAAGAGGAGUAAUGGAAAGAGUGACAGGAUGAGUAAUGGAAAGAGUGACAGGAUGAGUAAUGGAAAGAGUGACAGGAGGAGUAAUGGAAAGAGUGACGGGAGGAGUAAUGGAAAGAGGAGUAAUGGAAAGAGUGGCAGGAGGAGUAAUGGAAAGAGGAGUAAUGGAAAGAGUGACAGGAGGAGUAAUGGAAAGAGUGACAGGAGGAGUAAUGGAAAGAGUGACAGGAGGAGUAAUGGAAAGAGUGACAGGAGGAGUAAUGGAAAGAGUGACAGGAGGAGUAAUGGAAAGAGUGACAGGAGGAGUAAUGGAAAAAGUGACAGGAGGAGUAAUGGAAAGAGUGACAGGAGGAGUAAUGGAAAGAGUGACAGGAGGAGUAAUGGAAAGAGUGACAGGAGGAGUAAUGGAAAGAGUGACAGGAGGAGUAAUGGAAAGAGGAGUAAUGGAAAGAGUGACAGGAGGAGUAAUGGAAAGAGUGACAGGAGGAGUAAUGGAAAGAGGAGUAAUGGAAAGAGUGACGGGAGGAGUAAUGGAAAGAGUGACAGGAGGAGUAAUGGAAAGAGUGACGGGAGGAGUAAUGGAAAGAGUGACAGGAGGAGUAAUGGAAAGAGUGACAGGAGGAGUAUUGGAAAGAGUGACAGGAGGAGUAAUGGAAAGAGUGACAGGAGGAGUAAUGGAAAGAGUGACAGGAGGAGUAAUGGAAAGAAUGACAGGAGGAGUAAUGGAAAGAGUGACAGGAGGAGUAAUGGAAAGAGUGGCAGGAGGAGUAAUGGAAAGAGUGACAGGAGGAAGCUAAAGACCCGUCUCAUCAGUUGA